UUGUAUUUCUCCACCCUUUUCUUCAUUCAUCCCUCCAUCCACUCCUCGCUCUCUAUCCACCCCCCCUCUCUCUCUCUCGCUUGCAUUUUUUGAAAUGAUGAUGGGCGAUAUACCCUGCGACUUUCGCACAGUAUAUCUGCACAAGUAGAUCUCGAUCCUCUCUAUGAGCCGACACGAACUACCAUCCACCCUAAGGAACCGGGCUCAUGAUGUCGCCUCCUCCCAACCGAAUGCCUUUCAUGCACAUAUCGUCCCCCAUCAACUCGCACUCUGGUCAUAACCUGCCUGGUACCCUCGCCGAACCGCAGUUUACAGCACAACCAUCGAACCCCUUCCAACAGCCAACGACCAACCCACCAACCCAUCAACCAACCAACCAACCAACCAACCAACCAACUCGGCUUCAGCCACGAAUCUUCCGCUUGCCUUGCACCACCCACCCGGCUCGUCCUUACUCUCGCUGCUCUUGUUGCUCGUGCCGAUCUAAUAUCAUUGAUCGCUUGUUUCUUGCCUUGAAAGCGUCUGCAACGCCGAAUCCCGGAGGAUGGAACCAGGCCGCUCCUGCCGCUGCCCACAUUCUGGCCACGCUGAUUUCAUGCAUCGAUACCGCUGCAGGACGCUUGCCGCCGCUGGCGGACUCGCUCGGCGAGGCAGCCGGUGCAAGCCCGGAGAUCACCACCAUGUCGGCGGCAGAUCAGCUGAACGGCUGAACGGCUGAACAAUGACGAGAUUGGGUGCGUGGGCGAGUGGCUGGCCACAGCACCCUGGAGACAAUCGGGCAC